GUUAUCGAGUCGCCUGGACCUGUUGUCUAGCCACUGUUUACUAAUUAUUUUUGGAUCUCCCAAUUUUGGAUCUUCCCUUAGUUUUCAUCCUUACUUUCUGUGUCACCCUUUAUCUGUUGUCAUCGCUUCUGUGUAUUUUCUUGUUCUCAUCCGAACGACCGCCGCCCCGUCGAACGGGACCUUUAUCGAUUUCUUUGUUCUGAUUCUAUGUACAAUCCCUGUGCGGAAGGCUACUCAACUGAGGAAACCUAAUCGUCUUUUUGAUGAAUGUCGAGUUUGAUCUGCACUGGGCCUUGCGAUUACUGGUGGAUCUGCGAUAGCGCCGAGGUCGAUACAGAAAGGCACGAGGCACAGUUCAAGCGACCCCAAGCAUAUUUGAGUAUCGGUACUGUCUUGGGUGCGUCAUUCUAAGAGUAGACUGACACAAUGCCUUUGGAUGAAGAAGGCGCUAAGUGGUCAUGCGAACCAUGUAUCCGUGGCCAUCGUUCCUCGAAAUGUCAACAUUUCGACAGAUUGAUGAUGAAGGUGCCCAAGGCCGGACGUCCACUUGCUAAAUGCCCCCAUCCGAAAGGGACAUGUAGCUGUCAAAAGACUUAUGCAUUUAUGAUCCGUAUUCCAAAAGGCUCUACGUGUCUCUGUAGACCGGUAUAUCAAGUGCCUGUAGAUUCGAAUGAGUCCGCACCACCCACCCCGACUGCUCUCCCCCUUACAGCUUCACCCGCUCCUGGUAAAAUCCAAAAGUCAUCUAGAAGGCAAAUCAAAACUGCCCCGGAAAGCAUUGCGAAAGCUCUAGAUUCUAUACCAGACUUUGGGAAACAACAUCAUGAAAACGGCACUUUGAACCAUAUUUCCCCUUUCAUGUCUCAAGAUCCGGGGCUUAAAACCAUGGGGAACAGUCUACCUCAGCGUAUCGGUACGCCAAAUACUUUCAUACCUCAUCAGGCCCUCGAUAAUGGCGACGACGCGAAACCGCCAGGCGGAAGCUGCUGUUCUCAAAAAUCGCAACCACUAGUGCAAACCCAGCCCCAAGCUUCUUGUUGUAAGAAGCCUGAAAGUCCCGCACAAAAUGGCCACAGCACAGAACCUACAACCGAUGGAUCGAGCGCCCCCUAUACGCCAUCUUUGAAUGCGACUUCAUUUACACCUAUUUCUACACCUCAGAUUCCUACAUGGCAGGACUUUAAUGCUGUUGGACAAAAUCACCACUACCCACCGUUUGUGUCGCACCAACAAUCGACUGCGCAACCCGCAUAUGUGCCUGACUAUACGUUACAUACAUCACCCAAGGCUGUUGCUAUGAGCUUUCCCCAUCAGAACAUUACCAGCAGUAGUCUCACCCAAUCUUUUGUAUCGCAGCCGUUCCCACAUGAUACUAAUAAUUCUGGUUAUAUGGAACCGGCAACCCUCAACAGCGAUCCAACCCACAAUUGCAGCUGCGGUGAUAAUUGUCAAUGCCUGGGUUGUGCUUCUCAUCCAUUCAACAAUACCACAAGACAACAUGUUCAAGAAAUGGGUCUUUUGGUUGCCUUUGACGGCGAGGACCGGGCCGUGGAAAAAAUGAACGGUUACCAGACUCCCUCUUUGCAUGGCAGACAGCAUAGUGCUACACAACCAGAUAAUCCAUAUACAAACUUCAGUCAUGCCUUCAAUAAUGGUACCCAACAUUUGAUGAUGCAUUCCUAUGGUGAACAAAACCAAACCUCACGGAUGCUUCGGAAUGGAUAUUCGUCUCCGCCAGCUGAAUACCUCUCAGAGCAACAGUUUAUGGAACCUUCGGAGUAUUACACUCUUGAAUAUCCAGUAGGCUUGCCAUCUGGUUGCUCUGAUGUGACGGGAAGUUGUCAAUGUGGAAAUGAUUGUAAUUGCGUUGGCUGUCUCACGCACAGCGGGCACAAUGGCCUUUCUCUUGAACCUGUGACUACCGAGGCCAGCAAUCUGUCCCAUAUUGCCCCCGUGACGACGUCGUCGGACAACCCAGGCAUCGGCGUGUCCGGGAUACAGGCUUUGGAUGAUAUUACCGUUCCAUCGACAUCCCCCAUGCUGUGAAAGUUUUCCCAUCUCAAACUACCUCGCCGCAUGUGUCUCUGCUUUACUUAUUCUUACGCCGCCUUUCAUCUUCGGCCGGCUGUUAAUCAUGAUACCCCUGAAUAGAUGCUGGACAUUAGAUCUCUUACGCUCCCAGUCUUCGUGUACAGUUAUUUUUCUUUAAUUUUCGGGCUGCGUAAACCACGCACGCAUUGAUACAUCCCCUCUCUUAUUCUCUGGGCGUUAUUCGAUUCCUACCUGCGGCUGCCUCUAGCAAAUCUCUGGAGAACAUCCAGGCAAUGGAUCACAAAUUCCACGGAUCUAUAGUGUCAUCCGUACAUGGAAUAGCUCGAUAUAACAAUGCAGU